UCCACAACCACAUACGUCUCACACUACACACCCAUACAAAUAGGGCUACAGAAUACCGACACAAACCUCAGACACCUUCACUCCGCCGUUUCUCCUCAUCCACGACAAUGGCAACCGCCACAACCUCCUUCUCCACCUUCACCCCGACCACCUCAUCCUCACCAUCUCUCAAAGUUUCCCCCAAAACCUUAGUCUCCAAUGUCGGCUUCCUGUCUUCCAAAACACCCUCCAAACCCCUCAAAACCCGCUCCAAUGUCGCUUCCGGAUCUGCUCUCGGAGCCCGCAUGGUUUCAGCCCCCCCUGCAAUAACCAAACCUCCAACGCUUCUCGAUUUUGAAACCUCUGUUUUCAAAAAGGAAAAGAUUAACCUUGCCGGUCAUGAUGAGUAUAUUGUGAGAGGAGGAAGAGAUUUGUUUCAUUUGUUGCCAGAUGCAUUCAAAGGUAUUAAGCAGAUUGGUGUUAUUGGAUGGGGUUCUCAGGGUCCUGCUCAAGCUCAAAAUCUCAGGGAUUCUCUUACAGAAGCUAAAUCUGAUAUUGUAGUGAAGAUCGGUUUACGAAAGGAUUCGAGCUCGUUUAACGAGGCUCGGGCUGCUGGCUUCUCUGAAGAAAGUGGAACCCUUGGAGAUAUUUAUGAGACUAUCUCUGGCAGUGAUUUGGUUCUGCUUUUAAUUUCGGAUUCCGCUCAGGCUGAUAAUUAUGAGAAAAUCUUUUCACACAUGAAGCCAAACAGCAUACUUGGACUUUCACACGGGUUUCUUCUUGGUCAUCUGCAAUCGGUCGGGCUUGAUUUCCCCAAGAACAUAAGUGUGGUUGCUGUGUGUCCCAAAGGAAUGGGUCCAUCCGUAAGGCGUCUGUAUGUUCAAGGCAAAGAGAUUAACGGAGCCGGAAUCAACGCAAGUUUUGCUGUCCAUCAGGAUGUUGACGGACGAGCCACUGAUGUUGCACUUGCAUGGUCGGUUGCUCUCGGUUCACCUUUUACAUUCGCCACUACACUUGAGCAGGAGUAUAAGAGUGAUAUAUUCGGGGAGCGAGGUAUUUUACUUGGUGCGGUGCAUGGUAUUGUGGAGUCGUUGUUUAGAAGGUAUACCGAAGAUGGUAUGAGUGAAGAUUUGGCUUACAAAAAUACGGUCGAGUGCAUAACCGGCAUUAUAUCAAAGAUAAUCUCAACUCAAGGCAUGAAAGCCGUAUACGAGUCAUUGACCGAAGAAGGCAAAAAAGAGUUCUUGAUGGCAUACAGUGCAUCUUACUAUCCUUGUAUGGACAUUUUGUACGAGUGCUAUGAGGACGUGGCGGCUGGCAGUGAGAUCAGAAGCGUUGUGUUGGCUGGCCGUCGAUUUUAUGAAAAAGAGGGUUUGCCAGCAUUCCCUAUGGGCAAGAUUGAUCAAACCCGAAUGUGGAAAGUAGGUGAGCAGGUUCGGGCUGUCCGACCCGCGGGUGAUUUAGGCCCAUUGUAUCCUUUCACAGCCGGUGUUUAUGUGGCACUAAUGAUGGCCCAGAUUGAGGUGUUGAGGAAGAAAGGACAUUCUUACUCCGAGAUCAUCAACGAAAGCUUGAUCGAGUCAGUGGAUUCAUUGAACCCGUUCAUGCAUGCUCGAGGUGUGUCGUUUAUGGUGGACAACUGUUCAACAACCGCAAGGUUGGGAUCAAGGAAAUGGGCUCCACGGUUUGAUUAUAUUCUUACCCAACAAGCUUUAGUUGCUGUAGACAAUGGGGCCCCACUUAACCAGGAUUUGAUCAGCAACUUCUUUGAAGAUCCGGUGCACGAUGCUGUUAAAGUUUGUGCAGAGUUGAGACCGACUGUUGACAUUUCAGUGCCUGCUGAUGCCGACUUUGUCAGACCUGAGUUGCGUCAAGGUAGCAACUGAGUGGGUUUUGUCUAGUUUAUCUUGGCGCUAUGCAGAUUAUUAUUCUGUGUACGUGCUUCUUAUGAAUGUUGUUCCGACUUUGUUGAAUUUUGUAAUAAAAGUUGUUCGGCCUUGCGUUUGUUUACAAA